AUAGGCAAGAAUCACAAUCAUUUGGCAGGGUGCUGCGGUAGGGGCCAAAGGCGAGCGUGAGACUCGUUGUUCUUGGGAUAUUGUAUCCUAGCGCGUCUCUGCCUUGUCAAACCCCCCUACCUUGCCUGUCAAGUUCACCACGACCUGCCCGUUGCCCAAUCACGACUUGAAAGCGUCUUUCGACAGUCAUACUAUCCAGCGCAUGGCCCCGAAUGCCACAGACGAGGAGGAUCGGCCGUCCCCGCCAUUACUCGUCGUGUCUGAGCCCCGCUCCUCCUCGCCCUCCGCCGACUGUACCCCCCCGCCAGGACACAUCCUUCCAGUGGAGCCAUCCACUUCUCAUCAUCACCACCGCCACAAAAGCGCCAGCCCUGGUAAAUGCUCGGACGGCUCGGAAGGGAUCAGCGUGGAAUCCACCGCCUCCACCUCGGCGGCCUCGCGGACACGGGAGGAAGAAGAAGCGAUCGGACGCGACCAUUGCCUCGUCACUUCCUUGGCCUGGGACGUCACCUACUCCAUUGCCGAGACCAAAGGCCAGCCAGGGGGCCGAUGGCUCCCAUGCCCGAGCCGGUCGGGAAAAAAGCGGAAGAAAAAAGUGAUUCUCCACUCCAUUGUCGGGCAGGCGGAGGCAGGAGACUUGCUGGCGGUCAUGGGCCCGUCCGGCUGUGGGAAGUCCACCUUUCUGAGUUGUCUGGCUCUGCGCGACCAAACGUUCCGCGGACAAAUCUAUUUGAACGAGGCCCCGGCCAGGAAGCAGUACCUGUCGAUGGUGGGCUUUGUGGACCAGCACGACCUCUUUUAUCCCACCCAGACUGUGCGCGAGCACUUAGAGUUCCACGCAAUGGUGCGGCUGGGGGCGCAGGUACGCACCUCGGCCAAGAUGGCCCGGAUCCAAGAGGUGUUGAUCGAGCUGAAUCUUAGCCAUGUGUCCCACACGUACAUUGGGGGCGGCCGGAGCGCCGUGCGUGGCCUGUCGGGGGGGGAACGCCGACGUUUGUCGUUUGCCACGGAGAUGCUUUCGAACCCGUCCAUCGUGAUCGCCGACGAGGCAACCACGGGCCUGGACGCCUCCAUGGCCAAGAGCGUCUGCCGGGUGCUGAGGGGCAUGGCGGACAGCGGGCGCCUGGUGGUGGCCUCCAUACACCAACCGUCCUCCCAGACCUUCUCCACUUUUACCCACCUGAUGCUCCUGGCGGGCCAUGGCCACAUUGCCUACUACGGGCCCACGGCUAAUCUGCUCGCCUAUCUGGCCAGCGUCGGCCUCCAAUGUCCUCCGUACCACAACAUGGCGGAUUUUGCCGUCCGGUGCGUCGCGGUGCCGCCGGGAGAGGGAGCCGAGGAGGUCGCCGCCCGGGUGGUCAAGUUGUGCACAGCGUACACAGAGUCGGAGCUGGCGCAUCAAAACCAGGCCUGGAAGUUCAAGGCGAAUUUCCAUCUGGUACCCCCGGAAGCCACGCCCACGCAUGCCGGGGGAGGGAAUCGGAGUCAUAAAUACCAGCACCUAGGCCCGGGGGGGGUGGGAGAGGAGGACUCGGUGGAGGAAGGGAGGAUGGAUCCGAUCAUGGCCAUGACGGCAGGCCACCCGUCCUUGCAGUCCUUGACGGUCCUGGAACGGGACGCGGCGGAGUCACUGGAGGGUCCCCACCCGCCGCCGAAGCGGGGGGAUGGUCGAGGGGGCCGGGGGCACGAGAAGGUGUUUGCCCGCGAGUACAACGCGUCGUGGACGACCCAGUUUGGGUACUCUCUGGUCCGGCAGCUCCAGGCCCUGCAACGGGACAAGAAAAUGUCCCUGGCCCGGUGCUUC